CUGGUGGUUAGUAAACGGUUACCUCCUCAUCACGCCUCGACUCAUCCAUCGUUAGCAAACUAAACGCGUCGAUGCGAUGAACCGGGAAUGUGUCGGUAUCGGUCAUGGCUAACCUUCGGAUUUCGUUAGCUGUCGUGGUGCUUCUCACUGUCCCGUACAGACCCGGCUAUGCUCUGUGGUGUAACUGCACCACCGCUCAGUGUCAGAAGACUGGCUCCCAGUGUGAGACCGAUGGGGCCUGCAUGGCUUCCACCUUCUUCAACAAUGGCCAAGAGCAGCACAUCCGUGUCUGUAUCACUCGAGACAGCCUGGUGCCCCCUGGACAACCAUUCUACUGCCUCAGUGCAGAGGGCUAUCUCAACACCCACUGCUGCUACACUGACUACUGCAAUAGCAUGGACCUCAAAAUACCCUCUGUGACACCACCACCAGAACUAAGGGGAGGCUACGGCCCAGGUGGGACAUGGGGGCUGGUGGAACUAGUUGCUGCGAUUUUAGGACCACUGCUGCUGCUGUGUGUGCUGCUGUUGGUGAGUGUGUUGAUGUAUCAUUAUCACCAGAGGGCCUAUAACCACAGGCAAAGACUGGAAGUGGAGGAUCCGUCCUGUGAACACCUCUACCUGGCCAAAGACAGGUCCCUGCAGGACCUCAUUUACAAUCUGUCCACGUCUGGUUCGGGUUCAGGUCUGCCACUGUUUGUCCAGCGGACUGUAGCCAGAACAAUUGUGCUGCAGGAGAUCAUCGGUAAGGGGCGUUUUGGGGAGGUGUGGCGAGGGCGAUGGAGGGGUGGUGACGUGGCCGUGAAGAUCUUCUCAUCCAGAGAGGAGCGCUCCUGGUUCCGUGAGGCUGAAAUCUAUCAAACCAUCAUGCUCCGCCAUGAAAACAUCUUGGGCUUUAUAGCUGCUGACAACAAAGACAAUGGCACAUGGACCCAGCUGUGGUUGGUAUCAGACUACCAUGAGUACGGCUCUUUGUUUGACUACCUGAACCGCUACUCUGUCACUACUGAGGGAAUGAUCAAACUGACACUGUCGGCUGCAAAUGGCCUUGCUCAUCUGCACAUGGAGAUUCUUGGAACACAAGGAAAGCCAGGCAUCGCCCACAGAGACCUGAAGUCCAAGAACAUCCUGGUGAAGAAGAACUGCACCUGUGCCAUCGCUGAUCUGGGCCUGGCUGUCCGUCAUGACUCUGCCACAGACACAAUCGACAUCGCCCCCAACCAGAGAGUGGGCACCAAGAGGUAUAUGGCUCCAGAGGUUCUGGAUGAGACUAUCAACAUGAAACACUUUGAGUCAUUUAAAUGUGCCGACAUCUAUGCUUUGGGGCUGGUCUACUGGGAGAUUGCCCGUCGCUGUAACACUGGAGGUGUCCAUGAAGAGUACCAACUGCCCUACUAUGACCUGGUACCUUCUGACCCGGCCAUAGACGAGAUGAGGAAGGUGGUGUGUGACCAAAAUCAAAGACCCAAUAUUCCAAACUGGUGGCAGAGCUACGAGGCCUUGCGAGUCAUGGGUAAAAUCAUGAGGGAGUGUUGGUAUGCUAAUGGAGCUGCUCGUCUCACAGCCCUGCGCAUCAAGAAGACCUUGUCCCAGCUCAGCAUUGACGAGGACAUUAAAAUCUGAGCUAUGUGAUACAGCAGAGCGCUGAGCAGGACCUGCCUUCAGACUGUAGGGCGCUGACAGGAAGAAGUCAGGCCUCCUACACAGACUGCACAAAGUACGAGAAUUUAAUAGAGGGUGGCACUUUAUAAAAUAUUGCCCCACGGAUACUCCUGCCAGUUUUAAAGCCACUUGAUUUCUGACAAACCCUACCUCGCUUACCCAGCCAAAAUACAAAGAACACCUUUCCUGUCCAGUCCUCAGCUACUGCUGCCCCACCUGAACCUUUUUGUUCCUUUCUACACACUGUACUAACAAGGAUUCUUUGAUUUCCUGUGAACUUGUAUGCAAUCAAUAUGUUAGUAACCAAGUAAUAUUUUAAAUAUCAGUUGCAAAAUCUCUUUGAUCAAGCAGCAUUCAUGCUUAUUGUCUUUGUGCGGCAGCAUUAACUUACUCUUGCUUAGUCUGUUAUUUAAAUGAGUAGAUCUAAUGUUUGUGAGACCACUGUGUAGGUUUUUCUGCCAUGCCUACAGCACACAGGCUCAUCUCAAAGGAUUUUACUUAUUUAUAAAUAAUACAUCUGGCUCUGCUACAGCUGUGUGAUUGAGUUAAAUGCUAAUCACCAUGUUGGAAUGUAGAAAGCCGGUGAGAUUAUUUGUGUAAAUGCGGCCCAGUGACUUUCAACAUGCGGUCACUGCAGCAUUAUGGCGACUUGCCAGACAGGAUAUAGCUUUGGACCACUUUCCUGAAACCUUUCUCUUAAGCUGGUUUAAACUCAGGUUUUCUUUAUGCUUACAGAUCAACAAGCUUUUUCUUUGUUCAGAGCCUGGAUAAGCAAAGUACACAUUUAGGAAUUAAUAAACAAAAAUACACUUCAUUAGGAUGAAGGGUUAGCAGAAACAUUCACUGACUUCUCAUCAGGACAUACUUAUAGAACAUCGUACAUGAAGCCUGCAGCACCUUGGUACAUGUAGUACAUCUACAAUAUAGUCUCUUAUAAGUGCAUAGCCUAAAAUGAGGGAGAACGUUGCUUCAACUUCCUAAGAUAAGCUGACAUACACAACAUUUAGACAAAUCUUCAUCCCUUGGAGCAGCCAGUACUACUUAUCUUAAACAUGGGCCAAAUACACACUGAUUCCAGGAAUCUGAAUGAUGGUUUGUUUUGAUGUAAUUUUUUUUUUAUACUGUUACAACAUGUCCAUUCUUCCUCUCCCCUCAGGGCUCACUCUCCCUGGCCAAGUAUAACUACUGUACUGCUCAUAACUGGCUUUUUAAAGUGAUACUUGUGUAUAUAACAAAUUAAGUUUAGUUCUAAAUAUGUUUUAAAUGGUUGACAUUUUGUACUGGCUUUAUAGUUGGUGGAAAGAAUCUGUAAAGAGAAUUAUGUACAAGUAUACUCUCUGACAUCUCAAGUAAUAUUACUGUAAAUGAUAUGAAGAUUGUUUCCUUCAAUUUAACACUGUCAUAAAACACUGUAUGCAUUUUUUUUGUUUCCAGGAAAUGGGUGCACUUUUGUGUUCAGUUUUAUGCAAAUUCUGCAGGUACUGUUUGUGUGUAUAGAUGUUCCCGUGUUAUUUAAGCGUGUAUGCUGUGAGUCCCUAUGAAAGGCUGAAAGGCCACGUGUGCACUACUACUGACCUCGCAGCAUUAAAACCAAACUGUUCUCAGAAUCAUCUCUGGCCAUGGCCUCCGGUGUUUAUUUAGGAUCACACCACUGAAAAUGAGAAUGUUUACACAAAUCAUGCCAGUCAGUUGCAGUACCCUUCCUCUGACUGGAAACCGUAAAGAGAAUCAGGCGUCUCCCUUGAUCUCUGAGAGAAAAAAAUGUUGAAAUCGAAUACGACUGAAUUGUCUCAGCACUGUUUCACAAUCGUCUCCGACCUGCUGUUUUUUAGAAUCACCUAAACACAAGAUGUUUGUAAGAACGGAUGAACUGCCCUUGAUGCUGUUGUUUUUGGUGGGAAAUUCUGGGGAGCUUUCCUGAAUGUGAACCAUAUUUUUACACUGAACAGUUGCGUUUGCCUUACAAUGUAGAAGUGCAUAAUGAAAUCAAGCUUUUUAUCCAAUACUUUCCUCUCAAUGUGUCUUUGGAUGAACUGUGGGGGUGUGUGUCCAGUUAUGACAAUGAAAUGCAUCCAUGUAAAAACCCCUUCAGGACAUUGAUCAUGUAAACUCUAAUAUAGAGGAAUAAAUACAGUUGUUUCCCUA